AUGUCCGCUUUCUUGCGCGCGUUUAACAAGAUCCUGGAUCAGCGUCAACGUGAAACCAUGGCAUAUAGGCCCCAGGCGAACGGAUCCGCGGAAAGGAUGGUGCAUACCAUCACAAGAGCACUCAAAAUGUAUGUUCAAGAUCUGGAUCAGCAGGAGAUUACACACAGUGCCUUACCUUCGCGAUCAAUACCGCUUGAGAUCAGAUCCGAGGAAAACACCAUUCUACAUGGUUCAUGGCUGGGAUCCGAGAUCCACCCUGGAGACGGUGAUCCCGAUGGGAAGUACAAUGAGAAACGAUCGGGAUCCGCGGAGAUGGCGAUAUCGGAUCCAGAGGCACUACCAGCAGGCACGAGAGCAAGUCAAUCAGCGCAUACAGGAAACGACCUCGGGUCGGGUGGAUCAGCACAACAAUAUACCCAGUCCAGGUCGGAUUUCGUUUCUGGCUAUACCUGGAUCGGGUACGGAUAUGCCAAGAAGCUUGCGCAUCUGUGGCAUGGCCCUUUCCGUGUGACUGAGAAGAUCGGCGAGUACGCAGUGAGCCUCGAGAUCGACGGACCCGCAUACAAAUCUUCCCGUAGUUCACGUGUCGAAGGACUUUCCGGAUCGGCCGAUAGUACGUCUUACGGUGUGGGAUCAGCAUCGGCUAGAUUUCGAACGAAGCACUUCUCCCUGGAGAUAGCUGGAUCCAAGAUCGUGAUCCAGAUGAAUACCAAGUCGAGAGGAUCUCGGAUAUGCCAAUCAUAA